AUGUCAAGGUGGCUGUGGCACCACAGAAACUACAUCAUCAUUGUCCUCACGCCGCUCCUCAUCCUUCCCCUGCCGCUGCUCAGCCCAACACCAGAAGCACGAUGUGGCUUUGCUAUCAUCCUCAUGGCCUUGUACUGGUGUACAGAGUGUAUGCCUCUGGCUGUGACUGCCCUGCUGCCAGUCGUCCUCUUCCCCAUGAUGGGCAUCAUGAAGGCCGGGGCGGUCUGUGUUGAGUAUCUGAAGGACUCCAACAUGCUGUUCAUUGGCGGCCUCUUAGUGGCCAUCGCAGUGGAGAACUGGAACCUUCAUAAACGCAUCGCCCUGCGAGUUUUACUGCUGGUUGGUGUGCGUCCUGCCCUGUUAAUGAUGGGCUUCAUGAUUGUCUCGGCCUUCCUGUCCAUGUGGAUCAGCAACACGGCCACCACAGCCAUGAUGCUGCCUAUCGCUCAGGCCGUGCUGCAGCAGCUCAGUGCCACUGAGGCCCAGGCGGACGAGCGAGAUCUCGAGGCUGCAGGCGAGGACAACCACGCCUUCGAGCUCGAGACCAAACAAACUAAAGAGGAGAUGACAGUUGAGCCACCGGAACAUCCCGUGCCGGAGUGGAAUGCAGACACAAACCUGGAGCGGAGGGCGAAAGCGAGGGAGGAGAAGUACACGCUCCUGACCAAAGGCAUGAGUCUGAGCGUGUGCUACUCUGCCAGCAUCGGAGGCACGGCCACCCUCACCGGCACAACCCCCAACCUCAUUCUGAAGGGACAAGUGGACAAGAUCUUCCCUAAAAAUGGUGGUGUGAUCAACUUUGCCAGCUGGUUUGGAUUUGCCUGUCCCAACAUGCUGAUCAUGCUGGUGUUCUCCUGGCUCUGGCUGCAGUUUAUGUUCCUGGGCUUCAACAUAAAGAAAUCAUUUGGUUGUGGCAUGAACAAAGACAGAGAUAAGGAAGCAUACAAAGUGAUGAAGGAGGAGUACAAGAAGCUGGGUCGCAUGACGUUUGCGGAGGGGGCGGUGCUGACCAUCUUCACCCUGCUGGUGAUCUUGUGGUUCACCAGGGAGCCAGGAUUCGUGGACGGCUGGGCGACUGUGCUCUUCAAUAAGGGUGGAGAGUUUGUGACAGAUGGAACCGUAGCUAUCUUUAUGUCUAUGCUCUUCUUCGUAAUCCCCUCCCAGCUCCCCGGGAGUGGAGGCUACGGUUACGAUGCAGAGGGUGAGUCAAGAACAAAUGCUCCCCCCACUCUGCUGAACUGGCAGAUCGUCCAUGAGCGAAUGCCCUGGAACAUCAUCCUGCUGCUGGGAGGAGGCUUUGCUCUGGCUGCUGGCAGUGAGGAGUCACAUCUGUCCGACUGGCUGGGGGCGCAGUUGGCUCCUUUGAAGAGUAUUCCCCCGUUCGCCAUCUCCUUGCUACUCAGCCUGCUGGUGGCAACGUUCACUGAGUGCUCCAGCAACACUGCCACCACCACCCUGUUCCUGCCCAUCCUGGCCUCAAUGGCCACAGCUAUUAAGAUCCACCCCCUGUAUGUGAUGCUCCCCUGCACCAUCGCUGCCUCUCUGGCCUUCAUGCUGCCUGUCGCUACGCCUCCCAAUGCCAUCGCCUUCUCUUUUGGAAAACUCAAAGUCAUAGACAUGGUGAAGGCUGGCUUCAUGCUGAACCUCAUCGGGAUUCUGUGCAUUAAUUUAGGCAUCAACACCUGGGGAUACAGCAUGUUCCAGAUGCAUACCUUCCCUGACUGGGCCAACAUCACACACAACAAACCUUGAGCAAGGGGAUAACGGCGAGAGAUGGGGAGGAAAUGGCAGAGGGAGGUGGUAAAUGAAGCAAAAAAAGGACAGUUUGGAUUUAAUGGAAAGAACAAGAACAAGUAUGUGAAGAUAGAACUGGGGUGAGAAUGCACUAUUUAGAUCAAGCAUCCCUCUUUUGGUGCGCUGCCAUAGUAAGAAAAUUACCACUA